ACACGCGAUUCUGCAAUAAAUUUCUUGAAGAAAUUUAUUCAGACAUAUGUUCUACAAUAUUCUUCGAGCUGAAAAUUAAGGAAAUGUUGAAUGACAUUCAGGCAUGAUCAAAAAAAGUUUCUGGCAAAAACUUCCUGGGUCUGUGUGCUCAAAAUUGAUAUUAAGAAACAUUUUACAAAUAUCAUGUACACUUACUCAGGCAAGUACACAACUAAUAUAAUAAUACUCCCUUUAAAAAUUUUAAAAAUUACCAUUUCUUAAAGCAUCUUGUAAAUUUGUUGUUAUUUCUUCCCAAGUUAACUUUAAGGGACCACCCAGUGUUUUAUACAUGUGUAACCUUAUACAUAGAAUUCCGUCGUUUCCGUCACCUAACUAGUAGUGUGUGCGUUUACUUUUGCGACAUAUUCCCAAAUUUCACAGCCAAAUGUUGUAAAGAUGAACGCGACAUUUUUGAACACAUUUAGUAAUAUUUCUGGUUCAGUGGCCAUGCUGUCAGAUGAAACGAUCGCAAUUCAGUCAACGGUGAUGCUAAUUCUUGUCAUAUCAUCGUUGGUGUGUAAUGGUCUUGUUCUUUUUACCUUUUACAAGAGCCGCGAUCUCUUCACUGUAACAUGUAAUAAGUUUGUAUUGAAUAUGACAUUCGUAAAUGUUUUUUCGACGCUUUUUGUGUUGCCAUUUGUUACAACGACGAGCAUAAAUAAUGAUUGGUUAUUCAAACAUACUUGGUGUCAAAUUAAUGGAUUUUUGUUGAUAUUGCUCUCGUGUGCUUUGCUUUUAACACUAGCUGCGUUAAGUUAUGAUCGUUGUUAUUUCAUUGUUAAACCUCUACGUUAUCCUAUUCAUAUGAGUUCUUCACGAGCGUAUAUUAUGAUAAUUGUCAUAUGGUUGUUAUCAUUAUUUACGGCCAUAUUGCCUGUACUUGGCUGGGGAAAAUUUGGAUAUCAAAGAUCGAAGUUAUCUUGUACUGUCUUAUGGCAUUUAUAUACAAGUGGCUACUCGAAGUUCUUUUGUGUGACUUCAAUAUUUUUACCUCUCCUUAUCAUUAUUGUAUCCUAUUUUAUAUUGCGCGCAGUACAUAAGCAGGUUCGUGGUGGCCGACUUAGUUUGGGAAGUCUUAUUUCACCAAGUGAAUAUAUCCAAGCACAAAACCAGCAACGGGCAAUGGCCACUAGAGCUGAACAUUCACGAAUCAAAGCAUGGAAGACACUUGUCCUUCAUGUUGGAACUAAUUUAGUUUGCUGGAUACCAUAUUCUGUGUGUAUUUUAGUAGAGGAUUUGCGUGGACGUACUGAUGUAAUACCGCAAGAAAUUCAAACAGCAUCAGCAAUUUUGAUCUUCUCUUGCGUACUGUGGUGUCCUAUAAUAUAUGCAUUUCGAGUGAAAUUGGUUCGACGUGAGAUAAACACUUUAGUUCGUCGAACUUUUAAAAUUGGUGCUAACAGUGUGAGGCCAUUUAAUCCAGAUGAAUGUUCAUUUAUUAUAGAAACCUCUGCUGCAUUGAAAAAUCGCACAGCUUCUCAAAUAACAAUUAAAGGUUAUGACGAUCUUUUGAGUACAGAUAUUGAACAAUCUACUGCAUUACCAUGUAUACCUGAACAAAUAGAAAUACCAUGUAAUGAUGAUAUUGUAAAAAACUACAUUGAAUCAUCCCAUCCAGAUACUGAAGUCACCGAAAUCACAACAAGUUCACUACCUGGACAAAUUACAUAAUACUUUAUUAUCUUCACAUAAUAAGUGUAAAAUUUUAAAACAGCGGAAUGGAAUCAAAAGUCAAAUUAAGUUAUGGUCAA